UUUACCUGAGUGUUGGCCUCUAUGCGCAUUUGCGCAGAAGCAUCAAUCUGGCGAUGUCUUCCGAACAGAAGACAAACAUUGUUGUGUUUUUAUGUAUAAUAACUGUAGCUUUUUCUAACUUGAUCUUCUGUGGUGCUUUGAGUGUAGAAAAGUUUGUUCUCAAUGGUUUUAAUGCGGAUCAUGAAAAGGCGUCAAAUGCUGACAGAGAGCCGAGGAUCAACACAAAACAACUGGCCAUUCUUCGGCGCAAUCUUCGACCUACUGUUAAUAAUUCCAGCAUUCAAGAACAGAGUGCAGAGUCCAUUGACGUUCCAGAGAACUCUAUAAAUAAUUCGAGUCAACCCAACACUGAUUUAAAGUCAACUGAUUUGCGGGCGCCUUUGAAUGUACGUAAUGGUUUCAAUGUCCAGAAAAGAUCUCUGGAUUACAAUGCUGGACAUCAGGCAGUCUUCAAAGGUUUUGAAGGCCACGGUUUUCAAGGGAAGGUCUAUGGUCCAUCAGCUAACCACAACCCCCACUCCAGUGAAUGGCUGUCGAUGAGGCCUCUGGUUCAGUGUAAUGACAACCUCAUGAUGCUCACUGCAACUGGACGAGGAUACACACAUCUACUGGUGGAUAGAGCGGGCACCUCUCCCAUCUCCCUGUUCCAGCUGCCGCCGUCCUGUGGCUACCAUGUGAAGACUACCUGGAGAGAGAUGGUGAUGAUGGCACCAUACGAUGGCUGCUACAUCAUGCAGGAGCAUGGUAGUUAUGUCCUGCCCAUGCUGUGGUGGGGCAGCCCUGUGAAGAUCAUCUGCCCAGUCCCCCACCCUGACCCCCGACCCCACCCUGUCCACCCGAACUCUGUCCCCUCAGUACUCUGCUCCCACUUUGGCAUGGCCAUCCAGAUACAUGGAGAGGAGGAGGUCAUACACACACUACAGGUCAUAGAGAACGGCGAGUGGGUGCCGUUUGUGUCUGAAGAGUGUGCCUACCAAGUGGAGUCCCACUCAGAAGACCUCAUAUUUUAUGUUCCCUUUACAGCCCCAUGUGUGAUCAUCCGGAAUGGAGUUCCUCGACUGGUCCUAUUGGACGGCCAGGACAUAAUCCUCUCCUGCCCCUCACACCACCCUCCUCCAUUUCCCUUCUUUCCCUCCCCUCCAUUUUCUCAACCCUUCUCUCCUGGUGACCCACAGCAGCAGAUACCUGACCCUGUGACUUUUGCUCCCUCCACCAGCCCUCCCCUUACCUCUCCUCCCAUCACCCCUUAUACUCAACCCCCAGCCCAGGAACAGAUGCCCCAACUUCCUGUGUUCCCCCACCACCUCCCUCAUGGCAUGUAUCCCCAAAUUCCCCAUUUCCCUUAUGGUGGAGCUGGUUAUCACCAUCUCCUCCACCCUGGUCACGAUCCAUACCCUGGAUCCCAUCAUCUUCUCCCAGGGAGAUACCCAGGCCAGCAGCCCUUUUUCCCCAUGGGGCCUCGGAAUCACCCCUACGGCUCUGGAGACCACCAUGACUCCUUUUACCUCUCGCCGCCCCCUACCCACGAUCCCAUGCUCAACUAUUAUAAUGAAAUCGCCCCUGGUGUCCACCGUUCUUCUGUUGUCUAUCCUACUCCUCUUAUAGCUAUCCGACCACCGCCUCCUGCCGCUUAUACCAAACCUCCUCCCCCCGCUUAUACCAAACCUCCUCCCCCCGCUUAUACCAAACCUCCUCCCCCCGCUUAUACCAAACCGCCUCCCGCCACUUAUACCAAACCGCCUCCCGCCACUUAUACCAAACCUCCGCCUCCCGCCACUUAUACCAAACCUCCGCCUCCCGCUUAUACCAAACCUCCUCCCCCCGCUUAUACCAAACCUCCUCCCCCCGCUUAUACCAAACCUCCUCCCCCCGCUUAUACCAAACCUCCUCCCCCCGCUUAUACCAAACCUCCUCCCCCCGCUUAUACCAAACCUUCUCUUCCAUAUUAUACCGAACAACCUCCUCCACCUCUCGAUACUGAACCUGUUCUUCCUAUAACACCUACUGCCUUUGACCGUCGUUCUUACCCCAUUGUUACCGGAUCUCCUCCUCCCCCUUCUGGAUACAAACCUUCAUCACCUGUUUUCCAACCUCCAAAAACACCUGCAGAUCCAAAUGACCCAUAUGGGGUCCACAUGACCAAUCAGGCCCUGAUUACUGAAGAGCCCAUGUCUGCUACUGGGAGCCCCAAUCCUGAUCCCUAUACCCAACCUCCUAAAUGGCCUGUGGGUCCAUACUAUUACCCAUAUGGUCCUUACUACCCCCCAUCUGGUCCUCACCAUUAUCCCUUCAUACCCAUCUACUACCCCUCACCUACCCCAGGGCCUAGCCCAAUCACAGCUAGUCCUCCCCAGACUCUCCCUACAGGUCCUCAGGACCCCACAAUGCCCACAGUCUACCCACCCCACCACUACCCUCAGCCAGUCACCUGCUCUCCCUCUGCCCAUUCCAUCUGUAGCUAUUACCCAUAUCCCGUGGAUGUGCCACACUACCAGCCACACCACCCAUAUCCUCUCUACCUGAUGCCCAGCCCCCCUCUGACCACCCCAGCCCUUCCCUCCACAGGCACAGCUCUGCCUGGUGCUACUCAACCACCCCAGACCUCACCAACCACCCCCUCACCCUCCUCCAGGACCAUAUCUUCCACUACUACUCUCACUCCUUGGAUGUCCAUCCUCACCCCUACUCUCCCCCCUCAGCCCUCCCUCUCUCCUGGGCUCUCCCCUCGGCCCUCACUCCACUGUCUAGCAGGACAGAUGAUGGUGUCGCUGCCCUCUGCUCUCCUGGACUCCAUCCAGGUCAAAGAUCAGAAGAAUGGCUGGAUGUCUAUCUCCAGUGCCCCGGCGGCUUGUAGAUACAUCCUGCAGAUGAGUAAAGGUGGUGGAGUGAUCCUCCAUUCCCCUCUCCCUGCCUGCCACAGCCAGGCUAUGGCCCUCAACCCACACCAGCUCUCCCUCCCCCUGAGGUUUUGGGACACAGUCCUGGGGCAAUACAGAUCUCUGGAGCUCCAUUGCUCGUCAACUGUGACCCCAUCACCCCACACCACUACCACCACCCUCCCGCCGACGACCCACACCAGGCCUCCCACUCCCCCCAAGCCACACGUCUUCUGCUCUGCUCGCCACAUGAGGGUGGAGCUUCCCCCAGGUCCCAUAUCUGGAGUUGUUGUCAAGGACAUCGAAGGGAAUGAGAUGAGCCUGAAGUAUGCCCCAAAGCAUUGUGGGUAUGUGGCAAGCAAGGGAAAGGAUGGCAUGAUCACCCUGAACCUCCCCUUCAACUCCUGUCACAUGACUGUCCAGGGUAAAGAGCACCACAUAGAUGUGAUUUACUCCACGUUGAAUGGACAAAAAGGAAAGGCCCAGUUGUCCUGUCCAGUUUCCAUACCCGUUUCUCAUCAAGAGUGUAGCCUUCCCAGUGACCAGCGCCUCCCCUGCGGCCGCCGCCCUCUAUCCCAGGCAGAGUGUCUCUCUCUGGGCUGCUGCUACAGCACCAAGCCCUCUGCCUGCUACUACUCCAUGGAUGAAUGCACAUUGGACCGCCACUUUGUCUUUUCUGUGCCCGCCUCCCUCACGGACCCCCCUCUGUCCCCCGCCUUGCUCACUGCCGCUGGCAACCCCACCUGCGCUCCUCAGAGGGUGACUCCAGACUACGCCCUGUUCAAGAUCCCACUGGGCGGCUGCGGGGCCCACAGAUACGAGGUUGGCCAAACGGUAAUCUACAUGGUGGAGAUCAUCAACACGGUCCAGUCAAUCACCCUCAACUAUGGGACCAUCACCAGAGACUCUCCUGUCAGGCUGCUGGUUGAGUGCCAGUACACUCCUGGCUCUGUGGUGAGUGUUGGCUUCCUGGUCAAGACCCCCUCGUUUGGCCCCUCCAUUCAGGCCCAGGGCGUGUUGGGGGUCCAGCUCAGGAUUGCCACAGACGAGCAGUACAGGAGCUUCUACCCCCAGUACCACCGGCCCCUGCAGAUGCUCUUGGGUAAACCCUUACACCUUGAGGUGCGUCUGCUCAACCCCCCAGAUGACAAAGUGGUCCUGCUGGUACACUACUGCGUGGCCUACCCCAGAUCAGGACAGACUGUCUGGAUACUCCUCUAUAAUGGAUGUCCUAACCAUCUGGACCCGGCCUCUCAGAAGCCUCACCCAUCUCCUCCACCCCCACCCUUCCACCAAGGCCAGACACGAAGGUUCACCAUCUCCACCUUCCAGUUCCUCACCUCUGGACAGACCCAGACAUUGGAGGACCAUGAAGAGAUCUACUUCAUGUGUUCUACUGAAGUGUGUUCGCCGCUGGAUGGCAGCCUGUGUGUAGAGGGAUGCUUUGGCCAGUGACU